CCCUCCGCAGCUGCGGCCCGGCCGGCAUCAUGCUGCGAAUUUCUGUCCUGCGGCUGCUAGGACGCCCGGGAACGAGUGGAGUCUCGCUCCUGGAGUAUUCCAGCCCACGCCACUACAGUUCGGGCCCUCUCGGUGCCCGCGACGAUGCUCGCGGCGCGCGCGCCUUCUUCACGACACCCAUUUUCUACGUGAACGCGGCGCCGCACAUCGGACACCUGUAUUCGGCGCUACUGGCAGACGCCCUGUGCCGCCACCGUCGCCUCCGAGUUCCCAGCGCUGCCGCAACGCGAUUCUCCACUGGUACCGACGAGCAUGGCCUCAAGAUUCAGCAAGCAGCAGCCGCUGCGGGCCUGGCCCCCACCGAGCUGUGCGACCGAGUGUCUGCCCAGUUCCAGCAGCUUUUUCGGGAGGCUGGGAUCUCCUCCACCGACUUUAUCCGCACCACGGAAGCCCGGCACCGGAUCGCUGUGCAGCAUUUCUGGGGACUGCUGAAGGCCCGGGGUCUGCUCUAUAAGGGGCUCUAUGAAGGUUGGUAUUGCGCCUCCGAAGAGUGCUUCCUGCCUGAGGCCAAGGUCACCCGGCAGUCGGGUUCGUCAGGGGACUCGUGUCCUGUAUCUCUAGAGAGUGGGCAUCCCGUAUCCUGGACCAAGGAAGAAAACUACAUUUUCAGGCUUUCUCAGUUCCGAGAGCCGCUUCAGCGGUGGCUGCGGGGCGACCCUCAGGCAAUCACUCCCGAGCCAUUUCAUCGCGCAGUUCUUGAGUGGCUGGAGGAGGAGCUGCCGGACCUUUCUGUCUCUCGAAAGAGCAGCCACUUGCAUUGGGGCAUUCCUGUGCCCGGGGACGAUUCGCAGACCAUCUACGUAUGGCUAGAUGCCUUGGUCAACUACCUUACUGUAAUUGGCUACCCAAAUGCUGAGUUUAAAUCUUGGUGGCCAAGCACCUCUCAUAUCAUAGGCAAGGACAUUCUUAAAUUCCAUGCUAUCUAUUGGCCUGCCCUCCUUUUAGGGGCCGGCAUGAGCCCACCACACCGCAUCUAUGUCCAUUCUCACUGGACGGUCUGUGGCCAAAAGAUGUCUAAAAGCUUGGGUAACGUGGUGGAUCCCAGGACUUGUCUUGAUCGCUAUACUGUGGAUGGCUUCCGAUACUUUCUUCUUCGGCAGGGCGUCCCCAACUGGGACUGCGAUUACUAUGAUGAAAAGGUGGUUAAGUUGCUAGAUUCUGAGCUGGCAGAUGCUUUGGGAGGUCUCCUGAACCGGUGCACUGCCAAAAGAAUAAAUCCUUCUGGGACCUACCCGGUUUUCUGCACUACCUGCUUUCCCAGUGAGCCAGGGUUGGUGGGGCCAUCAGUUCGUGCUCAAGCAGAGGACUAUGCUUUGGUCAACGCAGUGGCCACUUUGCCCAGGCAGGUAGCUGACCACUAUGAUAACUUUCAGAUCUAUAAGGCUCUGGAGGCAGUGUCCAGCUGUGUCCGGCAAACUAAUGGCUUUGUCCAAAGGCAUGCACCAUGGAAGUUGAACUGGGAGAGCCCAGUGGAUGCCCCCUGGCUGGGUACUGUGCUUCACGUGGCCUUGGAAUGUUUGCGAGUCUUUGGAACUUUGCUCCAGCCUGUCACCCCAAACCUAGCUGAUAAGCUGCUAUCCAGGUUGGGGGUCUCUGCCACAGAGAGGGGCCUUGGAGAGCUCUGUUUCUUGCCUCGAUUCUGUGGACAUCCAUGUCCUUUUGAAGGGAGGAGGCUGGGACCUGAAACUGGGCUCUUAUUUCCAAGACUAGACCAGUCCAGGGCCUGGCUGGUAAAAGCCCAUAGGACCUAGAAAUUUAGUUCUUAAUCAGCUUGUGGUAAAAAAGCAAAUGUGUUAUCUUCUUAUUUUGCAUUUUCAGGAAAGUUAUACUAAUGUUUUCUAAAGUGUUGCAUCAUAUGAGCACAUAAUGUCCUUGUGAAAAGAGGUUUGUCGCCUUUCAGGUGCCUACCCCCUACUCUUCGGUUUCCCUGUGCCCAUUAACCACUAUUCUUUGUACACCAGUGUCUCUAAGAUGUCUUCAGGGUAAAGAUGGGUAGGAGAAAACUUUGCUGAUAUUAUUCCUUCUCAUUGUGCCUCCUUCCAAGCCACAGUUAAUGUUAUUUGCCCAGACUACCUCUUAAGGCUUUUCAUUGGCCUGGCCUCUGCUGGACAAAUUAGUGAAGAGUGGGGGUUGGAGGCCCCCUACCUCAGCUUUUAGUAGUCCAACUUUGUUAUAUAUGUUGGGUUUCCUCUUAGAAAGAGAUUCUUUUAUUAAACCUUUAAAAACCAGUGUCCUGGAUUAGAUGGUUUUUGCCCAUGUUUAUGUUUUCAGUUCCUACAACUAUAACUGUACUUUUUUAGUUAAUAGUCUAGUAGUUGUGCUUUGUAACAUUACACUUCAACCAGUAGAUGGCCCUAAAGUCUCACAUAUUUAAUUAUUUGACAUUGACAUUUCAGAAUAUUUAGAAUAAAUUAGUUUUCUGCUUUCUAAUUAUGCAGAAUUUAAAUUUAAGGAAGAAAUUUUAUUGCUUUUCCUAAAAUAAGGGAUGACUGUAGCCAUUACUGUUUUACAUAAAGUAAUAAAAAAAGAUCAGAAUCCUGUUUUUUUCAAACUACUGAAAAAGGACAUUUACUCUAUUAAAUGUUUAGUAAGCUAAUAAGUAAAUGUAUCAAAUUUGUUUGGACUAUCUGUGAUAAAUUAUAAAGCUCUCGAGGUAGUUGGUAUGUUAAAAUUUUUAAACUUU